UGUGAAAUGUGGAACAAGUUAUCAGCGACAAAGAAAUCUAACUGAUCACCUUAAAACAUGCACCGGACAAAUCAACAAGCGUAGAUUAACACAAACAACCGAGAUUGAAGACCCAGAUGAGAAGAGGAGGAGAGAGGAGGCCGAACAGAUCGCCUACGAAAUUGCCAACAUUCCCGAGGAAAUGUUUCAAGAGUACGAUGGACCACUUCUCGAGGAUCAGGAGGGUGAAGGACAAGUAGUAAAGGAAGAGUGUACUCUCGAUGAGAAUGCCACCAUUUCCAAGUACCAACCCAACAAACAACAAAAGCACGAUCUCCUUCUCACACUUCAAGAAAAGAAAAAAACAAUCGUAAAUCAACUUCAUAAACAACUCAAGAAGAAAYGGGGUAUCAAGUGGUUUUUGUCUAGUAAUGUCAAGAUGGUCAAGACCAAACCUGAGGGAGAUGACGAGGUAGCCACCCCCCACUUCCGAAGCAAGUGCAACACGACUAUGCACGCUAACACCAUAGAAGAACAAUAUGACGAGGCAGUAGAAAAGAUAAAGACCUCCUUUUUAGAGUAUCAAAAGGAGGGGAGUGGUUGGCAAAUGGAUGAAGUCCUUCAUCUAGAUUUGGGUGUGGCCACCUACACCCCCAUAAGUGGAGCUACCUACUUAACACUCCCAAAGAGGAUUAAAGACAAGAAGGCAGUCUUGAAUAUCCAAAACAAGGACCAAAAGUGUUUCCUCUGGUCUGUUUUAGCCGCUAUUUAUCCUGUUUCCUGGGGAUCACAUCCACACCGUGUUCAGCACUAUUUAAGGUAUGAGCAUGAAAUUGACAUGCAGAACAUUAGUUAUCCUGUCAAGAUAUGUGAUGUUAAGAAAUUUGAGAGACAAAAUGCGAUCAGUGUAAACGUGUUUGGAUUUGAGGAUGAUGAACUUUUCCCUCUAYACAUCACCAAACAAAAACAAGAACGUCAUGUUAACUUAUUAUUAUAUAGUCAGAAUGAUAAGAGACAUUAYUGYCUCAUUAGAGAUUUAGAUCGAUUAUUAGACAGCAUGAGUCGAUACGAGCAUCGUAUGYACCAUUGUGUGUACUGUUUGCAUGGCUUUGUUCGCCGAGAUUUAUUGGAAGACCACGAGCCUCACUGUGCUCGUCAUGGUCCACAAAAAAUCAAAUUACCAGAUGGAGACAAUAGUACAUUAUACUUCCAAGAAAUACAAAAACAACUCCAAGUUCCGUUUAUCAUAUACGCGGAUUUCGAGUCACUUUUAGUUAAGUGUGACAAUACUCCUUUGAAGGAUAACGUAAGCGGUACACAGAAAUCUCAGCACCACCAGCCCUGUGGGUUUGGUUAUGUUGUCGUGUCUACAUUAGAGCAAUAUAAUCAACCCCCAGUGGUCUAUCGUGGAAGAGAUUGUGUAGAUCGAUUUUUAGAGUGUUUGUUGAAAGAGGAGAAACGCAUAAGCAACAUCCUCGAUCACGUGACCCCUAUGGUCAUCACUCCAGAACAAGAACAACAAUUUCGACAGGCAAGUGACUGUCAUAUUUGUGKGGAUCCCUUAGGUGUGGAUCGUGUUCGCGAUCAUUGCCAUGUCAGCGGUUUGUAUCGCGGGCCCGCCCAUAACCAGUGCAAUUUGAAUUAUAAGUUCACGGGGAGAAUUCCCGUGGUAUURCAUAACCUUCGAGGGUAUGAYAGUCACUUGAUCUUGCAAGGAUUAGGUAAAAUAAAAUCGGAAAAGAUCACCUGUAUCCCUAACAAUACAGAGAAGUAUAUAUCCUUCUCAGUAGGAGAMCUAGUUUUUAUUGAUAGCCUUCAAUUUCUCAACAGUUCAUUGGAAAGACUGGUGGAUAAUUUAAGCAAGGAGGGGGUUGAUAAAUUCAAGGUACUGAGAAAGCAUGUAGACAUCGAUAAGAUUCACUUAUUGUUAAGGAAGGGGGUAUAUCCCUAUGAGUAUUUAGAUUCCUUUGAAAGGUUUGAGGAACCCAUGUUGCCGAGGAUUCAUCACUUUUACAGUACGUUGACGGGAAGUACGGUAUCAGAAAGUGAUUAUGCYCAUGCGCAAAGGGUAUUCGAGGCCUUUCAAUGUAGGCAUUUGGGGGAUUACCAUGAUUUAUAUCUCAAAUCUGACGUCUUAUUGUUAGCCGACGUAUUUGAGAAUUUUCGUAGUAUAUGCCUGAAUURCUAUAAAUUGGAUCCAGCCAAUUUCUACACUUCACCAGGCCUAGCAUGGACCGCAUGUUUAAAGAUGACUGGGGUGGAGUUGGAAUUGGUGACUGAUCCAGACAUGUAUUUAUUCAUAGAGGAGGGGUUACGUGGUGGAAUAUCGAUGAUUACGCAUCGUUAUGCCAAAGCCAAUAACCCCUAUGUGCGUUGUUAUACACCAGAACAACCGCAUAAUUAUAUCAUGUAUUUAGACAUGAAUAAUUUAUAUGGAACGGCAAUGAGUGAGCCACUCCCUGUCAACAACUUUAGCUGGUUGACCCCUCAUGAGAUCGAGGAGGUCAAGGAAAAACUCAUGACCCUUCCAGCAGACGGAGMAGAGGGCUAUAUCCUAGAAGUGGACCUUGAGUACCCUGAAGAAAUUCACAAACAGCACAACGAUUACCCACUAGCACCAGAGAGACUCGAGGUUCCACGGGAUUGGCAAUCUCCUUAUUGCCAUCAACUUUUGGAGGAUUUACAAAUGAAAUACAGUCCCACACAGAAACUGGUCCCAAACUUAAAUGAUAAAGACCACUACAUUAUUCACUAUCGCAACCUACAGCAAUACCUAGCCUUGGGGAUGAAACUUAAGAAAAUCCAUCGCGUCAUCAGUUUCAGUCAGUCCCCCUGGCUCAAGGCCUAUAUCGAUUUUAACACAGACAAACGAAAGCAGGCACGGAACGACUUUGAGAAGGACUUUUUCAAAUUAAUGAACAAUUCCGUUUUUGGAAAAACWCUUGAGAAUUUGCGUAAACGUGUUGACGUGAAGUUAGUCAACACGAAAAAACAAUUCAAGAAACUGUCAGCUAAGCCUCAGUUUGAUUACUUCAGGAUAUUCAAUGAAGACCUGGUGGCAGUGAACAUGAAGAAGCCCUCCCUCUAUUUGAAUCGACCCAUCUAUGUGGGGUUUACGAUCCUCGAGUUGUCCAAAACCUUCAUGUACGAUUUUCACUACAACGUGAUUAAAGCAAAGUAUGAAGAUCAAGCCACCCUUCUCUUCACCGACACAGACUCUCUCUGUUACUCCAUUGAAACCAAGGACAUUUACGAAGAUAUGAACGAAGACCUCGAACUCUAUGACACAUCAGAAUANACAUGUUUUGAGAAAUAUACAUUAGCUUACACUGUCAUUUUUGAAUGUCGUAAAAAGUCCCGACUUUCCCGACUUUCCUGUUUUUGA